GUGCAGUUUCUCACCUUGGUGCUGUCUCCCCGUCGCUCAAGACAGCGAAUAGUGCCUAUAGCAGUAAAAGCAGUAAAAGCAGUGGGCGUUUGUCAAUGGACGCAUUACUAGUUUAAGGUGCCUGUAGAGGUGAACUGAUAGACGCAUAGUUAAGUAAAGUUCGGUCCGUUAGUUGACUUGUUAUAAGCUACUUUCCUUUCAUCUUUUUGAUACUUUUGUUAUUAUUUGAAUUGUUUUGGAUUUCAGUCGCUGGGCUGUGUUUGUUUUCCUUCUUUCUAAGGAGUGUUCCGGGAUUUGACAGGGGUUUGACCCUGGUGAGAGGCCUCGGGCUCCUGGAGAAGCUCUGCGCUGCUGGACGCCCCCCCCCUCCUCCCUCCCUCUCUCUCUCUCUCUCUCUCUCUCUCUCUCUCUCUCCCCGAGCCUGACCCGGCAGGAUGAGCGACGCCUGGAGCAGGUGGCUGCUGGGAGCCUGCCUGCUGGGGGUGGCCUGGGCCGGCGCUCACAACGCCAACCCGUUCGCUGGCCAGCAGAGCCCGCCGGACCCGUGCUACGACGACAACGGCGGAGCCGCCCGCCGCUGCAUCCCCGAGUUCAUCAACGCGGCCUUCGGCAAGGAGGUGCAGGUGUCCAGCACCUGCGGCCGGCCGCCCUCCCGGUCCUGCAGCGUGGUGGAGCGCGAGGACAAGCCCGCCGUGAGGACCUGCCAGAUCUGCGACGCCUCCGACCCCCGCCGCGCACGCCCGGCCGCCUACCUCACCGACCUCAACUCGCUCCACAACCUCACCUGCUGGCAGUCAGAGAACCUGCACGGCUCCCCGCACAACGUGACGCUCACCCUCUCGCUGGGGAAGAAGUUUGAGAUCACCUACGUCAGCCUGCAGUUCUGCUCGCCCCGGCCCGAGUCGCUGGGCAUCUUCAAGAGCAUGGACUACGGGAAGAGCUGGACGCCGUACCAGUUCUACUCCUCGCAGUGCCGCCGCAUGUACAACAGGCCCAACCGGGCGGCCAUCACCAAGCAGAAUGAGCAGGAGGCCCUGUGCACGGACGGACACACGGACGUGCACCCGGUCUCCGGGGGGCUCAUCGCCUUCAGCACGCUGGACGGGAGGCCCUCGGGGAAGGACUUCGACAGCAGCCCCGUGCUGCAGGACUGGGUGACGGUGACGGAUAUCCGCGUGGUCUUCAGCCGGCCGCAGCUGGCCGGGCAGGGCCGGGAGGAGGACCCGGCGGGGGCCGCGUCCUCGUCCAUGCCGCCGUACUUCUACGCCGUGGGGGACUUCCAGGUGGGCGGGCGGUGCAAGUGCAACGGGCACGCCUCGCGCUGCCUGAAGGACAAGGAGGGCAAGCUGGUGUGCGACUGCAAGCACAACACGGAGGGGCCCGAGUGCGACCGCUGCAAGCCCUUCCACUACGACCGGCCCUGGCAGAGAGCCAGCGCCCGCGAGGCCAACGAGUGUCUGCCCUGUAACUGCAACCUGCACGCCCGGCGCUGUCGUUUCAACAUGGAGCUGUACAAGCUGUCCGGGAGGAAGAGCGGCGGCGUGUGCAUGAACUGUCGCCACAACACGGCCGGCCGCCACUGCCACUACUGCAAGGAGGGCUUCUACAGGGACCUGGCCCGGCCUAUCACCCACCGCAGGGCCUGCAAAGCUUGUGACUGCCACCCAGUGGGAGCUGCCGGCAAGACAUGCAACCAGACGACGGGGCAGUGCCCCUGCAAGGACGGGGUGACGGGCAUCACCUGCAACCGCUGCGCCAAGGGCUACCAGCAGAGCCGCUCGCCCGUGGCCCCCUGCAUCAAGAUCCCAGUGGUGAACCCCACCGCAGUGGUUAGCAGCACUGAGGAACCUGCAGAUUGUGAGUCUUACUGCAAACCAGUGAAGGGUAAUCUGAAGAUCAACAUGAAGAAAUACUGCAAGAAGGACUAUGCGGUGCAAGUCAACGUACUGGACAUGGAGACGGUGGGAGACUGGGCCAAGUUUUCGGUCAACGUGGUGGCCGUCUACAAGAGCCGUGGGGAGCCCCUGAAACGAGGCGACCACUUCCUGUGGAUCCACAUGAAGGACCUGGCCUGCAAGUGCCCCAAAAUCCAGAUGAGCAAACGCUUCCUGGUGAUGGGCACUAGCGAGAGCGGGGCUGAGCGGGCGGGGCUGCUGGCCGACAAGAACAGCCUGGUCAUCCAGUGGAGGGACGUUUGGACGCGGCGGCUGCGGAAGUUCCAGCGCAAAGAGAAGAAGGGCAAGUGCAGCAAGGCAUGAUGGGAGAACGCCCCCUUCCCCCAUUCCCAACGCGCCCAGGAGCACCGCACAUACAGAGACUGCAUGCAUCUUGCCCGUUUUAAGGACCACUUUGUGUAUAUUGUAUUUUGUUUUUUCCUUUUUGCGUUUUUCUUUUGCGUGUGACUUUCUUUUUUUAUUGGUCUGCCUUGAAAAGGGACCGUUAAAAAGGGUACGACGUGUAAACAAGAGCUGGUGCCAUUCUCUUUCUUGAUGACAGCAAAAAACGUCCACUUUUUUUCCCUCUGACUGCUUAUCCCUGUGUCUUUUUGCCAAGGUGUGCUAUAGUGAUUCACUUUUUCCCUACAAAAAUGAAUGAAGAUGUUGAGAUGGAAAGACUGAUUUCGGUUUCAGCCAACAGUUUUCUCGCCUUCCUGGUCAACAGUAUCUGUCCCAAUGUUUCCCUGAUCCUAGCACCUUUGUUCCACCAUUUUGUCAUUUUGUCAAAGCCCAUUGAUCGUCCUCAUUAAUAUCACAACUGAAGACCUUUCAUCCUUCCAGCAUAGUGGACACUGAAAGAUGAAUCCCAUGGGACUGUGUUGUCUUGCAAAGCUCAGAACUGGCACUCUGCCUCAGACAAUUUUAUGAAGUCUUGUCCUUAUGUGUACCCUUCCCAUGAGCCUCAGCUGCUAGCAGGCUGUACUCUACACUGCUCACAACAAUAGACCAUCACUGUAGUCAUUCGUACUGCUUGCAGGGGCUUUUAUGGAUCUCAUUGGUAGCCUCACCUGCCUAUCAUGUUGCUCAGAUGACCUCUACAGCAUCACAGCUACGCAGCCCCAGAACUACUCCAUCCUUCUUGGAAACUGGAAAAGUUGUCUUAUGACAGAAGAACUUUGAAAGUCAUCACGGUGGUCAAAUUCCUCUUCCACUUUUUCCUCUUUGACUUUGGCACCUGUUGUACACUGUGGAGAAGAGUGGUACGGAAAGACUCAUUUCAGAAAGGAACAUUCACAGCUGCAUACACCUGGCCUCUCUUCAUCUGACUGCAUUACACAAAGUCACCUGGCUAGAUGAGUCUCCAAACGCCUUGAUUGUAUUGCAAGGGGAGGAGGCUCCCAUCUCUGGGGGUUUUGGAGAAUGCUUUUGGUUUUGCAGAUUGUGCUUGAUGGACACAGUAAAGCAGAAAAAUGACCGCGGUGACUUUUCCUUUCCCCCACAGUUCCCAUCUGUUUUUAAAAUAGAUUUGGAACAAGAAUAAUGUCAGGUUAGACUCAACUACAAAAUAAUCUCUUCCUUGAAGGUUUUUUGUUUGUUUCAUUUUUAAGCUCAUUAAAAAUGUAUUUUAAAAACAAGAAUGUAAACAGAAUGUAUGCAUGUUCCAAAAUAGCCAGCUAUUAGCAUGCCUACAGUAAUAUUUUAUGCUAUUAGUUUACUAUUUUGGCUGGAGUGUGCCGUUUGAUUUUUGUCAUAUUUCCAGGCCCUUCUCAAGCACGCUUUUCGACCAUCAUGUCAGCUCUUUGCUCCUGUGUGCUUUGUUAUAGAUGUUUGAUAGUAGUGUUGGGAGCAGGCAGACUCCUUCUGUGUCGUGUGACUUGUUUUUUUUAUUUCCUAAAGAAUGUAUAUAAAAAGGAAAAAUGUAAAAUCACAUAGAAAACACACAUUUUGAUUGUACUGUGUUCAAUGAGAUUAUAUUGUUUUUAACCAAGCAUUUGGACCGGUUUACUGUGAUAUGCCCACGUGUAAGUCAGUGCAUUAUAUUUAACUGAUUCAGUCAAUCAGUAUUAUACCCCGAUGAAUUGUGGGCAACCGGUAUGUCUACUAUCGCAUUGAACAUGUGAACAUUUAUUUAGGGGUGCAUACGAUUUGUUCAAUAUUUGAGGUGAUUAUUGCAUUAGCACAGCACUCUCUUCAAUUAGGUAAUGCCAAACUCAGUCUCUAACCAAAGCACAGCUUACAGAGCCAUCAAGAAUAUGUCAGCCAUCGCAUAAACACUGAAGGACUACUGCUAGCAUUUUAGGAACUUUAGUCCUUGUAUCCAGUUUGAGGACAGGCUUACUGCCAUGGAAUUGAAUGAAUGCAGAACCAAAUGACGGAUUAUUUAUGUAUUGUCUUUCCAUGACUAACAGUGUGACAGACAGUCUCACAGUAGCAGUCAUUCACUCCGGUGGUAUCAUGAGUUACGACUUACACGGCUGUCAUGCAGGAAUGUUAUAGUAACAUAUCCAAAUGCAUUUCCUGAUUCAGCACAUUAUAUACUGACUUACUCAUGGGCAUAAGCAGUGCCUGUUCAUUCACGCUUGGACAACAGAGGCAUAAAUAUAAGCAGCGUAGCAAAAAGAAUACUUUUCUUUCUUGUUUUUGUUUUUCUUCAUUAUUGUGCCACCCAGAAUAUUGGAAUAAAAGCAACAAUCCAUCACUGAUGGGCAAGUGUGUGUAGAAAUGUAACGCCUCUCCGUGUUCCACACUGCUGCUGUUUUGUUAGCGAACCAAGUAGACACCUGUUGUUUAGACAAAACCACAGCCAGACAACUGGGCGGUUUAAUUGAGAACUUAACAAGUUUUCUUAAAACAUGUUCCCUGCUAGCAUUUGUAAAAUUCACAGAUGUGUGUGCCUUGUUAAAAAAACAGGAUAAAAUCACUACGAGAGAAGGGAAAGUGUAGGCAAAAUAUAAUGCGCUUGUCCAAACACGGUGUUGUGCAGUAUAGUAUCAGUAGGUUAUAAGGAUACAACGUGAAGUAAAAUAAAUGAUCAGUCCAUAUGAAUUCCAUUUACAGUGUUAGACAGCUUGUUUUUCCUCUACAAGUGUAUUGAAUCAUAAGAACUGGUCAAGAUAAAGACACAACAGAUGAAGAACAAACAUCUCAGCGCAGACACCCAACAUUAAGGAGAGAAACAUGAAACAAAUGGCAAAAGGCCGCAUGGAUAUUGAGCUUUAAUGAAGAAAAUCUUGCUGGGGUUAUGCGCAGGAAAUGGGUAAAAUAGAGGCUUAGCAUUGCCUGAUGUUUUGUCUAUUGUGGGCAGUCUGUGUUUAUGACUCACCUUGCACUUAAUAGCCAAAACAUUCCAGUUGGAUCCUCUGUUGUUGCACGGAUGGUGUUUCUAUUCCUACUCAUGAAAUAACGUGUGAAGUGGCUGAUCUGUGGAAGUAGCCUGAAUGUCUUCUCAUAGCAGUGUGGUUAUGUCCAUGUGACCAAAAUGUGGUUUAUGGUUUAAGCUCAAAAAGGAGACAUUUCAUUAGGAGCUCAGACAGGCUAGUUGCUUGGUGAAGUUACAACCUGGAAAGUACUACCUUGGCUUUCAGAAGUAAUUAUACGUACAGUAACACAAUUGUUACAAACCACAGAAGUGUUUCCACUGGGGGAAAAGCUUCCCCAUCUUAAAUGUACAAAGAUUUAUUUCCGCAAUUAAGGCAGUCAUUUGAAGCUUUGGCACAGUGUUUUCUACCUGUUUGGAUGUGUGUUUCCUGAAUCCUAUAAUAUAGCACUUGCGAUGUGCACUCCAUAUAGAAGACACUUUUAUGCAAUUUUAUCAAAAACAUGAGCUAAGAAGACCGUGUUGGAGCCAACCUGACACUUUGAUUUAUCCACAACAUGAUGCGAUAGGCAAUAUAGGGAACGAUGACACGUCAGGCUGAUGUUUUUUGUACUUUUGGCUUGAUUUUAAGUUUCUCUCUCUGACUGAGAUCAUAACUUUGCUGUUAUGUCUGUAAUGUUGUAAAUAUGUACUGCUAUUAACUUUUCCAUUUUGUUUUUGUGAAGCACAUGUGUGUCUUAACAAUGGAAGAAAAGGUCCUAGUCCCCAUGUCAGCAUAGACACGAGGACCGAAAGUGGGGAAUUAUCCGCUUCUCUGUCCUCAGACUUUGAACUUGUCUUCAAAUAUCCUGUUAACUGAGCAUGCUUAACAUUGGUAAUUCUGUCUCUGCCAUUGUUGGAGCUAAAGGUGUUAUGAUUUGCUGUCUCAUUACAAGCAAGUGUGAGGGGUGUGGCCAAAAGCAGAGCACCCAUAGCUUAAAUACCAGAGUGGACCUGGACCUGGACCAGAACCAGAACUUGACUGUCCAGAGCCUCAUAGAUGCAGUGGUAUGAAGGCCAGAAGGAACACAGAGCUGACAGCCUCCUGUCUCUGACUUCUCACCAGGGGACAGCUCUGGGUUCCUCCACACCAUUACCCCCGAGUCGCAUCAUUAUAACUGCAGUGGAGUUAAAGGUCCAUCUGUCUCUGGCCCGGACAGGGCAAAUGGGUCUUUCUUCUCUGUCCCUGUAUCAGUCACAUUUAUUUCAUUUUUGUAAAUUCUUUCCUGAUGCAAUGACCACUGACUUUUUAAUCAUAAACAAAAAAUAAAUUAUUAGUUAAUGA